ACACACUGUUAGGUUUCAACGUUUCGUUACUUUAUAGAUUCGAUAAGCAACCCCUAGUUAAGAGAUUUCUCUCAUUUCGAGAUUCUCUCGUUACUCUUUGCAUCUUCGGAUGCUGUGUGGAAUACUCGUUGUUCCUAUAUGCUACGUCAAGUCAGUAUUACUGCUAGCCACCGACACGAUCAGAUGUGCAGAAUAAAGACCAGUGAAUUAUACAAGUGAAUUUGUACCGCUAUCACUAAGUUGCAAAUAAAGUUGGGAUAUCUGCAUGAGGUGCAUGAAGUGCAUGAAGAGUAUAUUCCGUAGUGAAAUCGUGUCUUAUUUGCUUGUGGCUGCUGAAGUGACGGUUGGAAUCCAGGAUCCGCCUAUCGCCAUCCCAAUUCGGAGGAAAGGUGCUUGCGAGUGCACCUAGAGGGAACAUUUCGUUGCGUCGUGUGGAGAAAUAGAUAUAGGUGAGCCCAGACCUGCCACAACAUAUUUUAUGGUGCCGUGACCAGGAUCUUGGGCAUUGCCGCUUUCGCCAUCUUCCACGUGCUGCAUUCCGCUGGACUUCCCAAGCACUAUUGUUCGACGCCAUUCCAGUUGAACGCCAUCAUCAUCUCCAAACGCCGCCAAGAGGAUCCCUUUGUCAAUUCUUUGCAUGCUGUUGACGCCAUUGUGCUAUGCCGAUUUCCUGAGCUGUUUUCUUGAUUGAUUCAAGGCAAUUUGAAUCAAUUAUCAGGUAAAGUACCUGUCCAAGUAUUGCGCAUCUCCCCACGGGUGCCUUUAGAUAUUUUUCUCCAAUUUUGCAUGCGAUACUGUCUUUCGUCGGUGGAUUUGUGCCCUAUUAAUUGCCGGAGUGCCACCCAGCUGAAAUCCCUGUGCCGAACCAUCAUCAGCAGUUCCCAACACCUGCUAUACUCCGCCCACGGUGGCGGCCGCAUUUGUGAUCCAGCCCUCCGCCGAAGGAGGCGAAUCAAAUCAGCCGUAGCCGGAGAACAUCGAUCGCGAGACGAGUGUGUUCUAUCCAAGCAAUAGCCAGUGGGUGAUUCGAAAGGACGAGUCCCCAACCAAGCGAGCUACCCUCUGUGCCGUGUUAGGCAUACACUGUUCCUGCGUUCCGGUCUAAAUUGAAUACAAGGCAUUUCCAAGCCUUGGGUCAGGUAUUCUUCAAUUUCAACGAUCGUUUUCCAAUCCUAACGAUCUACGAUGAGCGAUAUACGUACCAGAGACCAGCUGACAACCCGAAGGACCACUCUGAUCGCCUCGUUGAGCCGUGCGGAACAAUUCGUCGAGGACUUCGUUGCCGAACGGGAUGGGCUCGAGGUGCAAAUACGCCUGGAGAACCUGGACCUGUUAUGGCAAACGCUGGAGGAUGUGCAGACGGCGCUGGAGGAUCUGGAGGAGACCAAUGAAGGUAAAGUUUUAAAUCUGCAAUACCGUGCCUCCUUUGAACCCAGGCUGUUCCGAUUAAAAGCAAGACUUCAAUCUAAAAUACCGCCUCCACUCAUUUCGCAAGCCAAUUUCCCUGCUGAACCCCCUCCUCGCGCUGUGUCCACCUUGGCUGGUUUAAAGUUGCCGACUAUCUCGCUACCAGAGUUUGACGGUGAUUAUAUGCAGUGGUUGACCUUCCACGACACUUUUCAAGCGUUGAUCCACGACAACCAGGAACUACCUCCGAUCCAGAAGUUCCACUACCUCCGGGCUGCAGUGAAGGGAGACGCCGCGCAGAUCAUCGAAACGAUUUCCAUCAGUGCUGCCAACUAUCCACUAGCAUGGCAGGCGCUAGUCAAUCGCUAUUCCAACGAAUACUUACUUAAAAAGCGUCACCUGCAGGACCUGCUGGAUAUUCCACGAAUGAAGAAGGAAACCGCCGCUGCCUUGCAUUCAACGGUCGACGAGUUCCAAAGGCACAUCAAGAUUUUGCAGCAGUUGGGAGAGCCGACGCAAUCGUGGAGUACCCUACUGGAACAUCUAUUGUGCAUGCGGCUUCACGAUGACACCAUUCGGGCGUGGGAGGACCACGCAGAGUCGGUUGGCGACCAAUCGUACGCAUGUCUCGUCGAGUUUUUGGAGAAACGGAUUCGAGUGCUCGAGUCGAUUUCCGUCAAUCAUUCUUCUCACCCAAGUCCACCAGUAUUUCCCAACGGAAGCCAACGUAAGCAAUUGCCAGUCAAAAUGUCGUCCUAUUCCGCUACCGAAAACUUCGCUCCGAAAUGCCAUGCUUGUGAUCAGCAGCACCCGCUGGUGAAGUGCCAAACGUUCGAACGAAUGUCUCUGGCCGACCGCUUGCGGACGGUGAAUUCCAAGCGUUUGUGCCUGAACUGCUUCCGCCAAGACCAUUUCGCACGUGAUUGCCCCUCCAAUUACUCCUGCAGGGUAUGCAGGAAAAACCACCACACACUCCUCCACCCCGGUCAGCUCCCUAGUUACCCUAGAAACAACGGUGAAAAUUCCCAAGCAGUUCCGCAGUCCAGCCAAAGAUCGAAUCAGCCACCAACUUCGUAUUCCAGAACCCAAUCAAGAGUUGCUGUACAAUCGGUGUCGAAUGUAGAUGAACCUACCGUCGUUCAGUGUAGCAGCGUACUGCGAAGCCCUCAGCCUACCAUCUUCAUGUUGACGGUCGUCCUCCGUAUUGUUGACGUAUAUGGAAAGGAGCAUUUUGCAAGAGCCCUCCUGGAUAGUGCUUCGCAACCCAACCUCAUGUCAGACCGAUUGGCUCAGCUUUUGAGACUGAAGCGCGAGAAGGUGAACGUACUCGUUCAUGGGAUCGGGGAGCAGCCAGAUCAUGCAACGGAGUCGGUCACAACAAGCAUUUCUUCUCGAAAGGACAAUUUUUCCAAAGAAGUGUCUUUCUUGGUCCUCAAGCGGAUGAUCUCCAACCUUCCUGCUGAAGACAUUCCGGUAGACGAUUGGAAACUUCCUAGCGAUAUUUCACUCGCUGAUCCCAGUUUCAAUCGUUCGGGCAAGAUUGAUUUGGUACUCGGAACUCAACACUUCUUCGAUUGCUUCCCAACUGCUGCUCGAAUCAAACUUGCAGAAGGACUUCCAGACCUGGUUGACAGCGUGUUUGGCUGGAUAGUUGCCGGCGGUACGAACGUUUCCCCCUCAAGCCAGGAAUCCAUCUGCUGCAAAACCGUUACCACUUCCCUUUCCUCUCUAGAAGAAUCCAUGGAGCGUUUUUGGAAAAUUGAAGAGCUCGGAACUCGAUCCACCCUAUCCAUAGAAGAGAAGGCUUGCGAAGAAUUGUUUCAAUCUACAGUUUCUCGCGACGAGGCAGGUAGAUACAUUGUCGAAUUGCCCAAACAACCGAACUUUGACGAGAUGAUUGGAGAAUCCGAAGCAACUGCAGUCCGGCGUUUCGAAAUGCUCGAGAGAAGGUUCACCAAGGAUUCUAAGUUGAAGGAAGAUUACGAUAAAUUCAUGUCUGAAUAUUUGUCGCUAGGCCACAUGAAGCUGGUUCCGAAUGGCAUUGCUCCAGGUGUCAAGGAAUGUUUUCUUCCCCAUCAUCCGGUUGUGAAAGAAGCCAGCACUACCACCAAAACCCGGGUAGUUUUCGAUGGUUCCUGUAAAACCUCAAGCGGAUUUUCCUUAAACCAGGCCCUGUGUGUGGGGCCGACCAUACAGGAUGAGUUGCUGGAUCUCGUCGUACGAAACCGCAAAUUUCCAGUAGCUAUGACAGCCGACGUCGAAAAAAUGUACCGCCAGGUUCUAGUACACCCGAAAGACACUCCCCUGCAGAAAAUCAAGUAUCGAUUCCAUCCUACUGAUCCCCUUCAAUCGUACGAGCUCCUCACCGUCACCUACGGACUUGCGCCCUCCUCGUUUCUGGCUACACGGGCUCUGCAACAGGUGGCCGAAGAUGAAGGACCUGCCUUUCCACGCGCAGCUCCGGUUGUGAAAAAGUCCUUCUGUGUAGAUGAUUUCAUCGGUGGCGCUUUUUCUGUUGCUGAAGCCAUCCAACUACGUGAAGAGCUAACCGACAUGCUAGCUAAGGGAGGGUUUCCGUUGCGAAAGUGGACCUCCAACAAACUGGAUGUGUUGCAAGGACUUCCUGCCGAUCAGAUCGGAACCCAAUCGACUUACCGAUUCGACCCCGGGGAGACUGUGAAGACCCUAGGAAUCUUGUGGGAGCCAGAAACCGACCAAUUUCGUUUCGAUUUCCAAGUUGAUUUGCGCGUACAAACAGCUACAAAACGAACAAUUUUAUCCAAAAUUUCGCAACUUUUCGAUCCUUUGGGACUAAUUGCACCGAUCGUCAUUCGGGGAAAAAUGCUGAUGCAGGAGUUGUGGUUGGCUUCGUGUUCCUGGGAUGAAGAAGUUCCAGAUCAGAUCAAGCGCAAAUGGCAAGGUCUGUGCGAACAGCUUCCUGGUUUGGCAAGAUUCCGAGUCGAACGAUAUGCGUUUCAGCUGAGCUCGGUCAUCCAGCUGCACACCUUUGCUGACGCUUCCGAAGCUGCUUAUGGUGCUUGUGUGUACGCCCGAUGUGUAGAUACCGAAGGAAACAUUUGUGUACAACUACUGGCGGCUAAGUCCCGAGUCGCACCCCUUAAAAGACUCUCCAUACCAAGACUCGAAUUAUGUGCAGCUCUAAUAGGAUCACAGCUGCACUCCCGGAUCGUAGCGGCUCUGGAAAUGAGCAUCGACGAAUCUUUCUUCUGGUCCGACUCAACAGUGGCUCUCCAGUGGCUAAGUUCUCCUCCCAGUGCCUGGAAAACCUUUGUUGCUAAUCGCGUUUCUGAAGUGCAAACUUUGACACAUGGUUCCCGUUGGAGUCACGUAUCAGGUUUCGAAAACCCUGCCGACCUUGUAUCCAGAGGAAUGGAAGUUGACGAUUUCGUGGAGAGCAAUUUGUGGAAGUACGGCCCGCAAUGGUUGCAGCGUCCUGAAUUAGAAUGGCCGAUUCGAAGACACACCGAAGUUCCUGAAGCUGAAACCGAACGAAAAGGAGUAGUAGUUGCCGUCACAACGAGUACGCCGUACUACAAUCCAAUUUUCUCAAGGUAUUCUUCCUUUGCCCGCCUUACAAGAAUAGUCGCUCAAUGUCAAAGGUUCGUCAGCAAUGUUCGUUCCAAAUCUCGAACUCAGCCUACUAACUCAGGACUUGUCAAAUCCCAAACGCUGUCACUCGAGGAACUCAUGCAGGCGAAAAUGACUCUGGUUCGACUUGCUCAAGCCGAUUGUUUCCACGAAGAGCUGCGAGAACUGCAACAAGGUCGGCAACUGCCAAAACGAUCUUCACUACGGCUUCUUAGUCCCUUCAUUGACACAGAGGGGGUUCUUAGAGUGGGGGGACGAUUGAAAUUAUCGGAACAGCCAUACCUAUCCAAGCACCCAGCCCUGCUCCCCAGCUUCCAUCCUCUAUCCCAGCUGAUUGCAAAAUCCUUCCACUAUAAACUGAUUCACGGUGGCGGCCACCUAACCUUAUCGGUCAUGCGUGAGGAGUACUGGCCAAUCAAUGGACGACGUCUUGUGCGGAGCAUCAUCAGAAAUUGCUUCCAAUGCGCCCGAGCCAAUCCCGUUCCGGCCAGCCAGCAGAUAGGACAACUUCCUGCUCAGCGAGUCACCGUUAGCAAGCCGUUCUCAAUUACCGGAGUGGAUUAUGCGGGGCCCGUAUACCUCAAGGCUAUUCACAAGCGUGCUGCACCCACAAAAGCCUACAUUUGUUUGUUCGUGUGCUUCACGACAAAGGCUGUACACCUGGAGUUGGUAGGUGAUCUCUCCACACCGGCCUUCAUUUCCGCCCUUCGACGAUUUGUUGCUCGCCGUGGACGACCUAGCCACCUGCAUUCCGAUAAUGGAAAAAAUUUCGUCGGAGCAAAAAACGAGCUGCACGAGCUCUACGGAAUGCUUUCCAACGAAGCAGACAUCGAUAGAAUUGCAAGGUUCUGCUCAGAAGAAGAAAUAGCAUGGCAUCUCAACCCACCCAAAGCUCCCCAUUUCGGAGGGCUCUGGGAGGCCGCUAUCAAAGUGGCCAAAAAGCAUCUCCAUCGUCAGCUAGGUAACUCCAGACUUUCCUACGAAGAUCUUUCGACAGUUCUUGCCGAAAUAGAAGCCGCUAUGAAUUCGAGACCUCUCGUUCCCAUGACUGAGGACCCGAAUGAUUUCACCGUUCUUACACCGGCACACUUCAUCGUUGGGUCUACCAUGCAUGCAGUACCCAGUCCAAGCGUUAUCGACAUCCACGUGUCACGGCUGGCACAUCACCAGAAGCUUCAGCAAUUGUUCCAACGUUUCUGGCAUCAGUGGAGAACCGAGUAUCUCCAAGAACUCCAAAAGGAUACUCGUUUGCGUCAACCAAAUCAUCAAAUACGACCAGGAAGGAUGGUAGUAAUUGUCGACGAGUUUCAACAUCCCGUUCGUUGGCCACUAGCCCGUGUAGAAGCAGUGCACCCUGGAGCAGACGGCUUGGUGCGCGUAGCUACACUACGCACUUCCAAAGGCAUCUUCAAGCGACCCAUCACGAAAAUUUGCCUGCUACCAACGGAAUCAUCAAACACAACGUUUCAACAAGAACCCCAAUUAUCAGACGAUCACGAGCAAGUCGACGAUGGCAGUAAUGAGCAUGUGAACAAUGGAUAGAUCAUCGCGGAAGUAAACAUUGGAAUUCUCUUUGAUAUUGAAUUAGUUGAACUCUAUUGUAUUUACUUGUUUUUGUGCCAGUUUUGUUUUGAUUUUGAAAAUCGUAGAUUUCAAAGGUGGCGGCGAUGUUAGGUUUCAACGUUUCGUUACUUUAUAGAUUCGAUAAGCAACCCCUAGUUAAGAGAUUUCUCUCAUUUCGAGAUUCUCUCGUUACUCUUUGCAUCUUCGGAUGCUGUGUGGAAUACUCGUUGUUCCUAUAUGCUACGUCAAGUCAGUAUUACUGCUAGCCACCGACACGAUCAGAUGUGCAGAAUAAAGACCAGUGAAUUAUACAAGUGAAUUUGUACCGCUAUCACUAAGUUGCAAAUAAAGUUGGGAUAUCUGCAUGAGGUGCAUGAAGUGCAUGAAGAGUAUAUUCCGUAGUGAAAUCGUGUCUUAUUUGCUUGUGGCUGCUGAAGUGACGGUUGGAAUCCAGGAUCCGCCUAUCGCCAUCCCAAUUCGGAGGAAAGGUGCUUGCGAGUGCACCUAGAGGGAACAUUUCGUUGCGUCGUGUGGAGAAAUAGAUAUAGGUGAGCCCAGACCUGCC